AUGGACAAUACAACAGCACUCACAUUCACAAUGACUGCAUACGCUGUCAUGGAAAACUACAAGCAUUGCAUGUUUGUUGUAUUCCUUCUGCUUUAUCUCGUUACUAUUAUCUUGAAUGUACUGCUCAUUACUGUCAUACACCAAAACAGGGAGUUGCAGCAACCUAUGAAUGUAUUCACAUGUGUGUUAUCUAUCAAUGAAAUGUAUGGAAGUACUGCAUUGUUACCCACAAUUAUGGCUGUGCUCUUAGCCAAGACACAUGAAAUAACUGUGAAGUGGUGUAUGGCUCAAAUCUAUUUCCUACACACAUAUGCAAGUGCUGAGUUUUGUAUUUUAGCUGUUAUGGGAUAUGAUAGAUAUGUUGCCAUCUGUUACCCAUUACAUUACCACAGCAUCAUGUCUAAUUCAAAGGUAGGCAAGCUUAUUGCAUUAGCAGUUUUUUAUCCACUCAUCGUAUUUGGAAGUUUUUACUCACUAACUUUACAGCUAAGCUUCUGUGGAAAGGUCAUUCCAAAAUUAUACUGUGUGAACAUGGAACUGGUCAAAAAUUCAUGUUCUGCUGCAUCAUACAUAAGCAUUGUGGGACUUGCACUUCUUGUGUUCUUUUUUGUUCCUCAGGUUCUGAUGAUUGUUUUUUCUUAUGUACAAAUUUCAAGAGUAUGUAUGAGGUUGUCAAGAGAAUCUCAACACAAUGCUCUUAAAACUUGUAUCCCACAUUUAUUAUCAUUGACAAACUACACCAUCGCCUCCUUAUUUGAAAUUAUCCAAACCAGAUUCAAUAUGAGUCAUGUAGCUGUUGAGGCACGGAUCUUCCUGUCUUUAUACUUUGCUAUCCUUCCACCCAUUGCCAACCCUGUGCUGUAUGGACUCGGUACUCAAAAAGUAAGAGUUCAAUUACUGAAACUGUUUAUUAGAUAUAAGAUCCUGCCAACAUUGUUAGCAAAGGCAGUGACUGUAGCAUAG